UGCCUGCCUAACAUCUUUGAACUACAUCCAUCUCUGAAGUACUCCGUACCUUUAUUAUACCUCCUCAACAAAUAAACAAACAGACGAUCUUGACGACCAUGGAUGAGGAAGACGCCCCUCCCCAGCUGGUGGAUGUAUCCCAACUGCCGGAUUCUGCGCCGUCGACGUCAGAGGACACUCCGGGUCAAGCCCGCGUGCCCAUAACGCUUGUGACUGGCUACCUCGGAGCGGGCAAAACGACCCUACUGAACUACAUUCUUACCGAGAAGCAUGGGAAGAAGAUUGCCGUGAUCAUGAAUGAAUUCGGAGAUUCCACCGAUAUCGAGAAACCUCUCACAGUGAAUCAGGAUGGCCAGGAGGUGACCGAAUGGAUGGAAGUCGGCAAUGGCUGCAUUUGUUGCUCAGUAAAAGACUCCGGCGUCAUGGCCAUCGAAUCCCUCAUGGAACGCCGCGGCACCUUCGACUACAUCCUGCUCGAAACCACCGGGCUGGCCGACCCGGGCAACAUCGCCCCCAUCUUCUGGGUUGACGAUAACCUGGGCAGCAGCAUCUACCUCGACGGGAUCGUCACCCUCGUUGACGCCAAGAACAUCCUGCACCUGCUGGACGAGCCCACGCCCGAAGAGACUGUCUCUAGCCACAGCGAAGCCAACCAGCACGACCACGACCACGAUCACACCCAUGCAGGUCCGGUCCUCUCCAUGGCCCACAUGCAAAUAUCCCAUGCCGACGUGAUCAUCCUCAACAAAGUCGAUCUGGUCACGCCCGGGGAGCUGGAGCGCGUCCGGGAUCGCAUCGUCUCCAUCAAUGGCGCCGCCAAGAUCCAUGUGACGGACCACAGCAAGACCCCGAAGAUCGAGGGCGUGGUGUUGGAUCUGCAUGCGUACGAUCACCUGGACGAGGCGGUUGACUUUGCGCAGAAGGGGCAUAGUCAUAUUGAUCCGGCAAUCUCAACCAUUGCCCUCACCACCCCCCGCAUCACCCCGGCGCAAGUCCCCCUCGUGGACGAAUGGCUCCGCUCGCUUUUAUGGGACUCCAAACUCCCCAUCGUGGCCCAGAAGACAACGCAAGAAGACUCACCCUCCGCAAAGGAAUUUGAGAUCCAUCGGCUGAAAGGCAUCCUCGCCAUUGAAGACGGUACAUCGCGCAUCAUCCAGGCGGUGCGGGAUGUGUUCGAGAUCCGGGACCCCGAGCCCGCCGAGGACUCCAAGACCCAGUGUAAGAUUGUGCUAAUCGGGCGCGGACUGGGAGAAGAUGCGCUUCCCUGGCAGCGUAACUUCGAGGCGUACAUCUCCAGUGAGACUAGACACGGGGACAAGGUGUAAGAUGGAUAAGAUGCUAUCGGUGUGACGGCGGCGAUACUUCAGCCCCAGUCGAGAGACUGUUUGUGCAGAGAGAGCAAGUGGCGGCAACCAUGUACUGGAUACACUCGAGGGUGAAGAGCCUAAGGCUUAUAAUGUCUAAAACAGAUGAGCAAUGAUACUACGGAACCAAACCAGAAACAACACC